AUGGCCUCGCGAGUCUUGUUUCAGCCAUCACACCUGCACUCAGCUCAAACAAGUGCCUUAGGAGCCAGUAACAGCAACCACAAAGGGGAAGCCCAUAACACCACUAGAGCCUUUCCCAUAAAACCCCCACCAAAAACCUAUGUUAUUGGAGUCAACUACGGAAUAGCCUACCCCAACAACGUAUUCCCAUCAACAGUUGAUGACUUUGAAAGACUGCACGGGGUGUCAGCAAUUGAAGAAAGUGAGGGGAGGGUUCCACGUCAAUUGGGCUCGUACUCUUUGAAGAGAAGAGGAAAAGGCCUUGUUGGGAUCCAAGAUUGUCAGGGCAAAGGACCACAGGAACGGAGAAUAUUUGAAGGCGAAAGGGAAACAAACGAAGCAGAUGGGGAACAUGCAAACCCAGAAUCAGGUGUGAUCCAGAGAUGCAAACAGAAGAGAGGUAAAGUUGUAGAACUGCAGCAGGAUAACAACUGUGUUGAAACCAUGCAGAUAGUGGAGGAGAUAUCUGAUCUACCUUCACUGCCUGCUUCCACUACAAUGUUGCAAACCAGUACGGGAAAUCGUGAGGUUGCUAAAGUUGGGGCUAAGGGCACCCUGCCUUGUAAAGACAAGGUUGGGGUGUCUGCUGUCGUUGAGAAUGAUUCAAAUGGGGCAAAAAUCAGGUCUAACGUCACUACUGAGGUGAUGACUAAUGCAAACAGAUCAGGAACAGGAGAUGGUGACUAUCAAUUAGUUCAGCAUGAGGUUCUCUGCUCAUUGAAGCACAGCUAUGAGGUGUUGGAGUUUCUUGGACGUGGCACUUUUGGUCAGGUGGUGAAGUGCUGGAAGAGGGGAACAAAUGAAGUGGUGGCUGUCAAAAUACUGAAGAACCACCCAUCGUAUGCACGUCAGGGACAAAUUGAGGUGGAGAUACUUGCUCGCUUGAGUAGUGAGAACGCAGAUGAAUACAAUGUGGUGCGCGCUCUAGAGUGCUUUCAGCACCGCAGUCACACUUGUUUGGUGUUUGAGAUGCUGGAGCAAAACCUAUAUGACUUCCUUAAGCAGAACAAGUUCAGCCCACUGCCACUCAAAAUCAUCAGGCCUAUACUGCUGCAGGUAGCAACAGCGUUAAAGAAACUGAAGUCAUUGGGUUUGAUUCAUGCUGACCUGAAACCUGAGAACAUCAUGCUGAUAGACCCAUCCAGACAGCCAUACAGAGUUAAAGUUAUUGACUUUGGCUCUGCCAGCCAUGUUUCGAAGGCUGUCUGCUCCACCUACUUGCAAUCCAGAUACUACAGAGCUCCAGAGAUUAUUUUGGGUCUGCCAUUUUGUGAAGCGAUUGAUAUGUGGUCAUUGGGAUGCGUUAUUGCUGAGCUCUUCCUCGGUUGGCCCCUCUACCCUGGUGCUUUGGAAUAUGAUCAGAUACGCUAUAUCUCUCAGACGCAAGGCCUACCUGCGGAACAUCUGCUCAACAAAGGCACCAAGACCUCACGUUUUUUCUACAAAGACGCAGAAUCUCCUUGCCCCUCAUGGAGACUUAAAACAACAGAAGAGCACGAGAAAGAGACCGGACUAAAAUCGAAAGAAGCAAGAAAAUAUAUCUUCAGUAGUCUGGAGGACAUUGCAAAUGUGAACUUCGUGUUGAGUCCAGACAACAAUGACAUGCAGGCAGAGAAAACAGACAGGAGAGAAUUUGUCUCUCUACUGAAGAGCAUGCUCCUGAUAGACGCAGAGGACAGAACUGUUCCCUCUAAUGUUCUGAGUCACCCUUUCCUCACCAUGACUCAUCUGUUAGACCACCCACAUAGUAACCAUGUACAGUCAUCUUUUCGCAUAAUGGACAUGUGUCAUGGCCGCACCAACAGUGCAGUUUUUGAUGCAUUGAACCAGAACACCACUCAUUUCUCAAGACCCACUGGUGGUCCCACUGCAUCCACUGGUCUCCCUGUGGGCUACAACAACGUACCAGUUCACACUCAGUCGAUUACACAAUCUGCUCCUUCAGUGAUGCAUCCUGGGAUUCCUUUGACAGCAAGAAAUGGUCAUUUUGGGUGUAGUGACUCCUUCCCACCUAUUCUUCUAUGUCCACCGAACAUUCAAGGUAACCUCAACCAAUCGGUCAGAUACUCUGUUCCUAUGGUACCUCAGGCUCCGCCAAUCCGGGCACUCCAAGUGAGGCCAAGUGUAUUAACACAGCCAGCCUGGUCUAACAGAGGUCAGCAGCUCCUGUUGCAAGCCACCUGGCCACAGAUGGCUGCUGUCGGUGUGCCCCCGACUCACGCUGUUCCACCAACAUCUUCCCUAACCAAUGACACCACAGUCCGUGCCCCAAGAAUCGGCGAAUGGGGGAAAUUGCGGUAUAAUACAUUGAUGCAACAACCGCUCCUGACCAACCACAUACCAGCUGUCUCUACACAUCAGCCACUCAAUAUAGGCAUAGCGCAUGUUGUAUGGCCUCAGUCAACUAAUAAAAGAAACAGGCAGCAUCACAACAGGAACCUGUCCCACCCAAUUAACAAUCACGCAUCUCAGGUUCGAUCCCCUAAAAUGGCCAACGUUGGUCAGGAAAUGUUAGGAAUCAGUAAACCUCAGAAGGAGGUACCUCUGGUGGAACCCCAGCAGCUGACGCAUCUAAAUUCAGACGAGGAGGAAGACGAGUCCCACGAUGAGGUGGGGUGCCUCAAUGAGGAUGCACCAAACAAAGAGCUUCAGCGAGAUGUUGCGCUUCUCAUGGGUGACACACCAAGCCCAACACCCAGUGUGAUCAGUAUCCACAGUGAACCAACAGAUGGUGAAGAUGUAGAAGACGACAAAACACAGUUAUGUUGUCCAAGAGAGUGUAAAGAGCAGUGCCUAUGCGAGGUAUGCAGAAACACCAGUGUGACUAUGGAACGAGUAUGUUCCCUUAGCAGUCCUGACAGCAGUCUCAGCACCAGUUCAUUUGCAUCCAAUUCUCUGCACUCCAGCCCGUCUGCAUCACCCUGCAAAAGACCCAACAGUAUGUCUGAAGAUGAUGGUCACGAGAGUGGCUGUGAAACAAUAGAGGGCUCCCCUAGAUCCAAUACAUCAACGUCACCCCAUGGCAAAAGUCCCUAUUGUUUCCUGGACAACAGUAACCAUAACAGCCGCCCAACUUUAGGUGCUGUAGUAGCACCAUUGCCUUCCCCUACAGUGCAUGGGAGGAGUCCUCGGGAUAUAAGGACAAUGGUGGUUCCACCAAUGAGAGUGCAAAACAACAACAUUCAUGGAAGACAGGAGCGUUUCCAGAGAACCGAGUUGUGGUCCCGAUCCAAAGGGCGCUGCAACAUUGCAGGACAGCAGAGCACUACCGCUAUCCCCUUCCUCCAAUCAACUCCUCUUAUGUCAUGGCAACAAAAACUGCACCAGCAGCAGCACCCCCCCUUGGGCCUUGGACAGGUGCAGCCAUUCGUUACAAACCACAACAUCAAAGAGUGGAACGGCAACUAUGGGCCGCUACGACCUCAUGCCUUCAUUCCCCCUACCGUCCACACACACAACUUUCCCCACCUACCGCACAGCAGCCCCACACACAAGUUAGGUGCCCCCCACACACACACCCUGUUGUCCUACCCUCCCAGCGGCCCCCUUACCACAGCCCCCCACCCCAUAUUGACCUCUCAUCCACCUCCACUACUUCAGCACAGCUACAGCCUCUCCCACGCCCCAGGGGGAGCUAUAGUCCACCAAGUGAACAUGGGCCUCAGCAGCCAUUCUCAGCAUCCUGGCUACCACAGGCUUCUCCCCUCACCUUCAGUCCACACACUUCAACAGCCUGGCUACACCCACCACCCCCACCAGUUCAAGCCAGCCUUCCGCCCUCCACCACCCGCUCCUCACCCAUACAUGGCGUCGCCAGCCGCCUAUACGGGCUUCCCUCUGAGUCCCACCAAACUGGGCCACCACCCUCAGUUCUCUUAUAUUUGA